AUGACACCUAUCCAGAAUAAAAUAGUCACCAGUGGCGCGAACAAUUUCCUUUCAACCUUGCUCGGAUGGCAUCUGGCUACAGGCUCGACGGAUAUGUCUGUUCCGAUCGCUUUUCUCGAUUGGGUCAAUUGGAACGAGAUCAACUGUGAAUCACUUCAGUCACGGUGCUUAAGGAGGAAUGCCCUAAUAUAUCUGCCUAAACGAGAUCAAUUAGCGCUCCUGCACACCCUACCAGUCUGCUCUCGCUUUUCUGCACGCAUCCUCCCUCGCGAUCGACCUGCCUCUUUGCCGCAUAGCUUGUAG